AUGCGCAUGCGUUCCGUUAGACGAGAGAAAUCGUGGCUCUGUUAGCAUGUAGAGCUAGCAGACUGGUUGGGGAACACGGUGUAAAGGAAGGCGUCCUGCGCACUGUAGGCAGAAAGAUAUCGGCGACUUCAAAUAUCCCCAGCUAAUCCAUGAGCUAAGCAUUAUCCCUCCAUGCUGUCCGGCAAAGAAAGAUAACAGUAAUAACCCUGCACUGCCACCUCAAUUAGCCACCGUACAAGAUAGAUAACGGGAACUGCGUUUUGCGUUAAGAGUUUUCCUUUCGUUUUUCUGGUUUGAACAGUAAUUACAUAGUUGCAACCUCGACUAACGUUACUUCUUGUGAGAAUGAGGCUGCCGAGUAACAGACAAUGUACGAUGGAGGCAGAUGGAAAGAAGAUGGACCAAGCUCCUCCAUUCAGAAACCCUUUUGUGCACGUCUUGAAAUUCACCCCUCUGGAAAAGGCAAAGAUUGCAUUAAUGACAGUCACACUGUUCCCCAUACGUCUGCUCAUAGCUGCAUUCAUGAUGCUGCUGGCUUGGCCUUUUGCCUUCCUGGCCUCAGUAGGGCGCUCAGAGACCACCGUUGAGCCCCAGUGCCUCUGGAGGAGACUGGUGGACAUAAUUCUGAAGAUCAUCAUGCGAGUCAUGUGGUUUGCGGGAGGUUUCCAUUGGAUGACUGUGAAAGGGCGAAGGGCACUGCCUACAGAAGCACCCAUCCUCACACUGGCACCCCACUCUUCCUACUUUGAUGCCAUCCCAGUCACAAUGACUAUGGCCUCGAUUGUCAUGAAGGCCGAGAGCAAGGAUAUACCUCUCUGGGGCACUUUGAUCAAGUAUAUCAGGCCAGUGUUUGUAUCACGGUCAGACCAGGACUCCAGGAAAAAGACUGUAGAGGAGAUCAAGCGCAGAGCCCACUCUGGAGGGGAGUGGCCUCAGAUUAUGAUUUUUCCAGAGGGAACAUGCACCAAUAGAUCCUGCUUAAUCACCUUUAAGCCAGGGGCUUUCAUCCCAGCUGUACCGGUGCAGCCUGUAGUGAUUCGUUACCCUAAUAAACUGGACACAAUCACAUGGACGUGGCAAGGGCCUGGAGCGUUUGAAAUCUUGUGGCUGACGCUCUGCCAGCUGCACAAUGAGUUUGUGAUUGAGUUCCUUCCAAUCUACACACCCUCAGAGGAGGAGAAAAGGAACCCAGCUCUUUUUGCUAUCAAUGUGAGGCGUGUCAUGGCAAAAGCCUUGGGGGUACCCAUCACAGACUAUUCAUUUGAAGACUGCCAGCUGGCCAUGGCAGAAGGCCAGCUGAGACUGCCAGUCGACACCUGUCUGCUGGAGUAUGCCAAGCUCGUCAGGAGACUUGGGCUGAAACCCAAGAACACUGAGAAGGUUCUGCAGGAGUAUGGGAACAGAGCCAGGAAGCUUGAGGGGCAGAAGCUGGACUUGGACGACUUUGCUCAGUUCCUCGAUGUGCCAGUUUCAGACAUGCUGCGAGACAUGUUUGCUCUGUUUGAUGAGCAUGAAGAUAACUGCAUGGAUAUCAGAGAAUACGUGAUAGCCUUAUCUGUCGUAUGCAGACCUGCCAAAACUCUGGAAACGAUGAAAUUGGCCUUCAAGAUGUUCGAAGCAGAGGAGGACGGUGCCAUCACAGAAAUGGAGUUGUCAGUUAUCCUGAAGACGGCUUUAGGAGUGACUCACCUCAGUGUGUCACAUUUGUUUGCUGUCAUCGACGCUGAAGACACAGGGAAGAUCACAUUCGACAAGUUCAGAAGCUUUGUGGAGCAUCAUCCAGACUUUGCUGAGGAUUAUCUGUACACAGAAAAUGCAGGCCUCCACAGCUGUCCCUGCCACCAUCACCACCAAACAAAUCCCAGCUCAUCUUCCCUGAACCUGCAAGGCACUGCCACCAACAAAACGGCAAACGGUAUCUGCCCCGACUUCAGCCCUAAUGACCACGGCACAAUAGAUGGACACCUCAAGAAACACAACUAAAAGGGUUUUAAAAUGUAGUUGGAGAAAACUGACACCUCUCCUGGUGAGAGGGUGUUGAGUGUGGGGGGGUGGAGGGUAGUUAGAUACUUGUUCGACUAGUAAGGGACUAUGUUUCAGUAACCACAUCCACAAAAAUGCAGAAGUUUACCUUAUCUUUUUUUAUUAGGACUUACUGAGGUUAUUUUUAGCCUAGCAGUAGUUUAUUUUGUUAUGAAUUCUUAUUUUUUUCUUUUCAUAGCAAGGAUCGUCAAAAUGCCAAACAUUGGCUGUUUCAGAUAUAAUACUUGAAGGGCAAGCACUUAUAAAAAUUCCUGGGGCAAAUGUUUUUAUUUUCUUUUUUUUCCUUUUUCCCUUCUACAUAGUGCUGUUUGUGCAUGUUUCUAACAUGAGGGAAGAAAGGAAAAACACAAGCCCGGGACAAUGAAGUUGAAUUUUUAGUGAAAUCAGUGUUCAGUUCGUUUUUUAUUUGUAAUAUUUAUCUCUUUCCUCUCUUUAAUGGUAGCUGCCUUUUUAACUGAAAAUGCAGAAUGCAUGGGCUCAUAUUACUUUGAGCAGCAUUGAGGGUUUUUUCAUCUAUAAAAGGAAGACCUGAGGGUACUGGUGACAAUUGUUUGACUACUUGAGUUACAGUAGCCAUAUUUGAGGUGAACUCGGGUCUUUGUGAGUUGAUGGUCGUAUUUGCUAUGAGCCUGUUAUAUAUACAAUGACAUAUUUGAUUUAGCUCAGGGUUCAGUGAGAAAAAUGAAAAAUUUAACUUGUAUGAUGUCAUCAUUUUUGACGCUUGCUGGAUUAUGCGCAUGUCUUCAUUUUCCUAAGACAUCAGUACUCUUCAGCCCAGUCGUUCCUCAUUCAUAACUUCACCAACGGCAUUUCUUUCAGGUUGGCAAAUUCAAGUGUCUUUUUUUUUUAUUGUUGAAAUUACACAACAUGGACCAAAAAAUACAUCAGGUCCCCUGUCAUGUUUCUAAUGUCAUUUUCAGUCAAUGUUGUAAUGGCUGUAAGAGGCUGGGAUUCACAGUGUGUGGCUAUUCAAAGCAUACUCAGUUAGGCUUCUUUUUUGGGCAUUUUAGGGGCAAGGUCAAACUACUCCCCUUUCUUCCUUACACUGCUACAUUUUUAAUCAUUCCUACCCUUUUUAUGACUUUUCCAACAUGUGUUGAAGGAUGUAGUAAUUAAUCACUGUUCUCUUUAGUCAUCUGCAAAUUUGACAUUUAUGCUUCACUGUUAGUGCUUGUCAUGAGAUCCAAGCACCCUUGCAUCAGAUCUCAUUUGGGGGACCAGGCUUGAAUUGGAAAAAAUCCUUCUGUCUUAAUAUAUGCCUUGUUUUUACGUUUUUGCUAAUGAUGAUCUAAUUGGCACAAAAUUUGUUUCCAUUUGUCAUUGAAUGUGAUAUAAUUACUUCUUGGCACCUUGAAGUGCAGCCAACGGCCAUGAAAUGCAUUUAUAAUCACUGGCUGAAUGGACCUAUGCAUUCCAACUUGGAGUAAAAUGAAGGAAUGUUCAAGAUUACUAAUUAUUAUAUCAAGUAGUGAAUCUGUUCAUUUGUAUUUAGUGACCUUUAAAUGAUGGAUUUUUAAGACACAGUAUUCUUGAAUUAAAAUCAAAGAACAGAGUGCUGAAUAAAUUACAAAAUAACUUAUCUAAAAUUACAAUCACCUUUUUAGAUGCGUUGACAAAAAAUUCCAGCGCAGUGAUGUUUAUUUCAUUUGUUUGUCCAUUAAUUGGGUGUAUUUCAUCUUCUUUCUUUCUAGAAGCACACAAAAUAACAUGAUACUUAAAGAAAAACAAAAACAAGAAAAAAAACACACCCAUAAAAUGAAAGAUAGAUUAUGCUGCAAUGUCUUUCAAAAUGUGCAGUGCAUCAUGUCAUUUUACAGGAUGACCAGCUGUCAAAGGGAAUACCUCUGAAAUGUGUUAGUAUCUGUUUGUAGCCAGUCAUACUUGGGAUCUGUGCGUUCACGGUUUGAUUCUGUUGACUUUUUAUUUAGAGAUAUCACACAAGGAUUAACAAUUUUUUUUAAAUGCCAUGUUUAUCGAGUUGGUGAACAUUCCUAACACAUUGAAGACAAGCAUACUGUACAUGUAUCUCCCAUUAUGGCUUUCAGUGAAGCAAUAUUUCACAUCUAAGCCUUUUCAAAAUAUAUGCUUUUGCGGAGUUCUGAUAUGUAUUUUGAAUAUUCCAAAUGCAGGACAUUUUGUGAAUUUUUGAUAUACGUAUAUGAAUGAUUUUUAUUUUCACUGCCAUGACAAAGAUCUGUGAUCUUCUCCGCAGAUUGUAUUGAUGGUUAAAAAUGAGCCACAUUUUUUUCCCUUUUGUAUGAUACUGCAAUUGUUUUGUGCUGUAUUCCUCCUACACAGUUUAAAGUUUUAUUGUUAUAUUAUUGUUAUUAUCGCUGAGUUGACUGCUUAGAAACAAAAUGCAGAUUUCUUAUGGAAACCAAUAGCCUUGAAUCUAUAGAACUUUUAUGAUUAAAAAAAAAAAGAGAAUGUAUAGACAAUCUUGUCACAAUCAGAAGAAACUCAAAGCGCUGAUCCCCAGUGGACAUUUUCCGAAGAAAUAAUGGUUUUCAAAUGUACACUUUUUAUCACAUUUAAACGCUCUCGCUAUUGACUUUUUUUACUUUUUAGGCGUGCAAGUGUACAUGAAGUGUUUUUGUGUCAGGCCUUGAGGUGUUGUCUGCCACCACAUGACGGGCCGCAUUGCACAAACACUCCCGACUGUACACACACAUUAACUAACAUUAUAUGUUAAAUCACAAUCUUCUAGUAUUUCCUCCUUACUACUUUUUAAAUUAUAUAAGUAUUUGUGCUUGCACUUUAGAUUAUUUCCUUUAUUUUUUUAAAAAAUAUAUCACAUCGGUGUAAGGCCGGUUUAGGAUUGCUGUAUCUGCAAUACUGUAUCUUAAGUUUGUACAAUACAGUAAUUUGGGUCAAUUUUAUUCAGUAAAAACUUUAUGUUCACAUAUUUGCUAUAGUAAUGAGAGGAACACAGAGGAAAUUAGGGAUUACACAAUAAAUGGAGGUCUCCCAUGCCCUACAUUUGUUUUUGUACUGUAAGAACAAGUUUGGUUAGUUUAAACCCACAUUUUUAGACUUAGUUUUCUGCUUUGUCUCAGGAUUGUGGAAAUUUUGUAGCUUGAAAUGACUUUGUAAAACUAGUAGGACUUGGCAACAGUCCAUGGAUUUGAAUGACGAAAAACUGUUUGCAUUGUGGAAUGAAUGAGUAUUAAUUGUACCCCUAAGUGAUGUGAUUUUACAACAAGUAGUUAAUUAUACGAUUCACUCUAUAUUUAUGAGGGAAACCACACUGCUUUUGAGGAUAGUUAGGGAAUCUGAUUGAGAAUUACAACUGAAACAAAGAAUUGAUAUUCAGAACUUGACCCCAAAUGAAAUGUGUUGAGCACGGUAACCUCUGUGCUCAGUUUGGUUUAUUUAUUUUAAAUAGAAAUUCCAUUUGAACAUCUGAAGGAUGAUAUUUUCACCAAGUCAAUUUUAGAUAUUUAUAUAUUCCAUAUUCACAUUUAGAACUAUUUCUGAUUGGGGAUGUAUUAAAUUACUGGGUCCAUUUCUUUUUUUUUUUUUUUUCUUACAAUUUUUUUUCUCUUCCAUUUAUCCCAAAUACCUCAGCAGAGGUCAUUUUUCUACUUACUGUCAAUAUGAGAAAAUUUAAACUUGCAAGAGAUAAACUUGUAUUUAUGCUAAUGCUGCCUGCUUACCACAGUUUGUCCAGCAGUGAGCCUAAGACGAAAGACUUGUGUACUCUGAUAGAGCGAUAGUGUCUUUCUGAUGGCUUACUGUCUGCAGACCAAGAAACUGAACAGUUUUCUCUGUAGCUUUACUUCCUGUCUUUUUCUAUACUCAACAGGUUUUAUUUUAUUAAUGCAUUUUGAUGAUGAAGAGUCAUUACUGCAAGCUACUUUGAAUUUGUCUGUUCAGGACUGCUAUGAUAUAACUUGUUAAUGUGACUCUUGAAUUGAAUUAAAAAAAAUUAUUAACACA